GUGGUGGAUUAGCAAUGAAAAACCAGUUCAUAGCAUCCUGUUACUGCUUCUUGACUUGGAACCAAAGGCUGAGGAUCUAUCUUGAUGUAGCAGUGGCAUUACAGUAUAUGCACCAGAUUAUGAAUCCAAGCUAUGUUCAUAGAGAUGUCAAGAGCCGGAACAUCUUCCUCGAUGAAGAUUUCAACGCAAAGAUCGGGAACUCCGGUAUGUCAAGUUGUGUCGAAGAUGAUACAAAGUACCCUGAUCUUUCAACUAACCCUGCCAUUUGGAGCUUGGGUUAUCUAGCUCCUGAAUAUCUUCACCAAGGUGCGAUUUCCCCAGCGAUCGACAUUUUUGCUUACGAGAUAGUUUUGCUCGAGACUUUAUCCGGACAAACACCGAUAAGCAGACCUGAUAAGAAGGGAAAAGGGAAUGUCUGGCUUUCGGAGAAAAUCAAGGCUGUAUUGCAGUCAGAAAAUGCAGAUGAACUAAGGGAGUGCAUGGAUAGUGCUUUAGCAGAUGAACAAAGUUGGUAG